AUGGCCGUCAAUCUCGACGAUCGUGUGACAUCUUCGGAUGAGUCGUCUUCCGGGGCUGACGACGGCGAGUGGCUCGAUGUUGAGCCCGAUGAGGAGGCCGUGACCGUGGUGUCGUUUUUCGACUCCAAGACCUUCCCGUCUCUUGAUGAGAUGCUCGCCUACUGUGUGCAGCACUAUGGCUUCGAUCUGAAGGACAACCUUGCCCGGCUUCGUCUCGACUUUCUCGGAGCCGUCAAGCUUGUCAAUUUCGUUCGCGACAGUGUCCGCCAAGGCCGGCCCCUGCCGUCUCCCAUCACACCCCAGGACAUUGACAGCGACGACUUCCUCAAGCCGGUCUUGGACAACGACGCCGUCCUGUUCUCUCUGGAUGAUGUCCUCGAGGCAGUGAGCGCGCAGGCCGCCGAGGCUGGUGGCGAGCAGACCGUGACCCUGCAGAAGCGCAAUGCCGAACUCGAGGCGGAGCUUGAGGCCAUCCAGUCUAGCUUCGCCAACUAUCGCCUCACUGUGCAGGAGACGCUCGACCGCCGCUGGGGCGACGACCAGGACGUCACCACGAAGCCCGCAGCCCAGGCCAGCAGCGCUCCGGCCCGCGACAACUCCGCUUACUACUUCGAGUCCUACGCGUUCAAUGACAUACACGAAACUAUGCUGAAGGACCGUGUCCGCACAGAUGCGUACCGAGACUUCAUCUAUAGCAACAAGCAUCUCCUCAAGGGCAAGGUUGUCCUCGACAUUGGUUGCGGCACAGGCAUUCUCAGCAUGUUUUGCGCCAAGGCUGGCGCAGCUCGCGUCAUCGCCGUCGAUAAGUCGGACAUCAUUGACAAGGCGAGGGAAAAUAUCUUCAACAACGGGCUGUCAGACGUCAUCACGUGUCUUCACGGCGCCAUCGAAGACGUGGUUCUUCCCGUCGACCAGGUGGACAUGAUUGUCAGUGAGUGGAUGGGCUAUUGCCUCUUGUAUGAGGCCAUGUUACCGAGUGUGCUCUACGCCCGCGACAAGUACCUCAAGCCCGACGGCCUGCUGGUCCCGAGCUCAGCGACGAUCUGGGUUGCGCCCAUUGCGGACCCGAGUUACGUGGCGGAGCACGUGUCGUUCUGGCGAGACGUUUACGGCUUUGACAUGAAGGCGAUGCAGGAGGGCAUCUACGAGGAGGCCCGCAUAGAGACAAUGCCCGGUAGCUCAGUCUGCGGCACUCCCUUCCCUUUCAAGACGCUCGAUCUGGGAAGCGUGAAAGCGGAAGAGCUGGUCUUUACGGCGGACUGGCACUCGGACCUGAGCAGGUCCGUCGACGGGAUUGAUGGCUUUCUUAUUUGGUUUGACAACUUCUUCGCCACUUCGAGUGAAGAACCAAUGCCGCCCCCGACAACCACGCCCGAUGCCUGGGUGGCCAAGAAGAGCGGCAACGUCGCUUUCACCACGGGGCCUGACGGUGUCGAAACCCACUGGAAGCAAGGAUUGCUCCUUGCAGAACCACAAAACCCGCCCGUGACGAGUCCUCCGGCGACACGUGUCUCUGGAAAGAUUACCUUCAAAGCCCUCGAGGAGAACGCUCGGGCCCUCACCAUUGACGCCGCAUGGUGCGUCGCGGGCCAGCCAGAGAGAAGUCAGUCAUGGAAGCUCAAAUAG